UUCAUAUCUUGCGCCUUGCAGGAACAAGCCUAUAUUUUACCACAAAACACAAGCAAUUGGCGACAUACCGAGGGAUUUCUGAAAGCGAUCAUAGAAAUUUUACUGAAAUACAUUAAGGAUGAAAAUGAUCGCUCAGAAAAAGUUCUGGAUUUUCAUCAUCCAUCUGACAUGCAAACUCUUAUUGACCUAACGAUUCCCGAUGAUCCAUUCGAUCUUCAACAUUUAAUUGAAGAUUGUAAACGGGUAUUACGUCUUGGUGUUCGAACAGGACAUCCACGAUUUUUUAACCAAAUAUCAUGCGGACUUGAUCUCGUAUCAAUGGCUGGCGAAUGGCUUACAGCAACUCAUUUUAGGUUUACCUACGAAAUUGCGCCAGUAUACAUUUUGAUGGAAAAGGAAGUAAUCAGUCGAAUGGUAUCAAUAAUUGGCUGGGAACACGGCGAUGCCAUCUUUGCUCCAGGUGGGGCGAUUUCAAAUUUAUAUGCAAUGAAUGCUGCCAGGCAUUAUCGCUUUCCACGUAUCAAACCACUCGGACAAUCCGAUCAACCAACACUUUGCGUUUUCACUUCCGAAGAUAGUCAUUAUUCUAUCAAAAGUGCAGCAGCAGUUAUGGGUAUUGGUGCGGAUAAUUGCUUUAAUAUACAAACUGAUCAGGCAGGUCGGAUGAUCCCCGAAGCAUUGGAAGAGAAAAUUAUCCAGUGCAAGCAAGAGGGUCUGAUGCCAUUUUUUGUAUGCGCGACAGCUGGUACCACAGUCUAUGGCGCAUGGGAUCCACUUCAUAGCAUUGCUGAUAUUUGUCAACGUCAUAAACUAUGGUUUCAUGUAGACGCAGCAUGGGGUGGAGGAUUGUUGUUAUCACCUGAACAUCGUCAUCGACUUUCGGGAAUAGAACGAGCUAAAUCGGUGACAUGGAAUCCUCAUAAGCUCAUGGGUGCGCUAUUACAAUGCAGUGCAUGUUUCAUCAAGCAGGACGGACUUCUUUUCCAAACAAAUCAGAUGUCGGCUGACUACCUUUUUCAACAAGAUAAACCCUACGAUGUAAGCUAUGAUACUGGCGAUAAAGCGAUGCAAUGUGGCAGACAUAAUGAUAUAUUUAAGCUAUGGUUAAUGUGGCGAUCAAAAGGCAUGGAAGGAUAUCGUACUCAAGUCAACCGACUUAUGGAUCUUGCUGCUUAUUUCACUGCACAACUGAAGGCAACUGAGGGAUUUGAAUUGGUCAUCGACCCACCGGAAUUUCUCAAUAUUUGCUUCUGGUAUAUACCGCCGAGUUUGAGAACUUUGAAUCCUGUUGAGAAAAAAGCUCGUCUAGAAAAGAUCGCACCAAAAAUAAAAGCAAAAAUGAUGGAACGAGGAACAACAAUGGUCGGUUAUCAACCUGACAAACAGUUACCAAAUUUCUUUAGAAUGAUUAUCUCAAAUCAAGCAAUUACCAACGAAGAUCUCGAUUUCUUAAUUAAAGAAAUUAUUGAAAUUUCUAAAGAUCUUUAA